CUAAGCUCAUGAUUCCGAUCAGUUUGAGAAGUAUUUGGGUAAUUUAUGGGCUGCCACAAAUAUGGAGUAAAGUUCCUAUUUCAGUUCUCCAGUGUCUUUGAGCGCCCCCUCCGUGGUUUGACCUUGAUCCUGCCACACGGCUGAGUCUCACUUGCUUCAUCUGUGAAAUGGGCUGAUAGAGGUGUUGCUCCUGGCCGUCUGGAGCAUGCAGUGUGAGGACGUCUGUAUAGCCUCCUGUAGCAGGUGGCACAUAGGAGGUGCUCAGGAAACAGUGCUCUUAGGACCUGACCUUUUGGCUAAAUUUUGUGUUCAGUGAGGAUACAAGGAACAAAUGAACAUGUGACCAGUCUUCCCCCACAUAAGGAACCUGAUGCUUUGACAGUUUAGAGUGGAAAAACAGCAACAUGAAACUGCAGUAUAAGGGGCAGAAGCCAUUUCAGCCUGUGACACAGUCACUGUACCCUCAGCCCAAGCUUCUGGAGCAAAGGCCUGCAGAGCUGCUGACCCUCACGCCCUGGUUGGCGCCCAUUGUCUCGGAGGGAACCUUCAACCCCGAGCUGCUGCAACACAUCUACCAGCCGCUGAACCUGACCAUUGGGCUCACAGUGUUUGCCGUGGGCAAGUACACCCGCUUCGUCCAGCAUUUCCUGGAGUCAGCCGAGCAGUUCUUUAUGCAGGGUCACCGGGUGCACUACUAUGUUUUUACCAACGACCCCACAGCCAUUCCUCGGGUCCCACUGGGCCCCGGCCGCCUCCUCAGCAUCGUCCUCAUCCAGAGGCACUCGCGCUGGGAGGAGAUCUCCAUGCGCCGGAUGGAGACCAUCAGCCGGCACAUCGCCGAGAGGGCGCACCGGGAGGUGGACUACAUCUUCUGCCUCGACGUGGACAUGGUGUUCCGGAACCCGUGGGGCCCUGAGACCCUGGGGGACCUGGUGGCGGCCAUUCACCCGGGCUACUAUGCUGUGCCCCGCCAGCACUUUCCCUACGAGCGCAGGCAUGCUUCCACCGCCUUUGUGGCAGACGACGAGGGGGACUUCUAUUAUGGUGGGGCGGUCUUUGGGGGGCGGGUGGCCAGGGUGUACGAGUUUACCAGAGGCUGCCACAUGGCCAUCCUGGCGGACAAGGCCAAUGGCAUCAUGGCCGCCUGGCAGGAGGAGAGCCACCUGAACCGUCGUUUCAUCUCCUACAAGCCCUCCAGAGUGCUGUCCCCUGAGUACCUCUGGGAUGACAGGAAGCCCCAGCCACCGAGCCUGAAGCUGAUCCGUUUUUCUACGCUGGACAAGGACAGCAGCUGGCUGAGGAGCUGAUGGCUGAGCCAGGCUGCUGUGCAUGGGGACCCCAAGCCCUGCAGCCAGCUCGCCCCGGCAGAGCACCCGGCUCGUCCCCAGCAAGCACCCCGCUCGCCCCCGGCGGAGCACCCCAGCUUGUCCCAGCAGAGCACCCUUUACCAGUGCCCCCCCCUUCUCAGGCCUCAGGUGAGAUCCAUCCGGUCCUGCCUACCUCCGUCUAUUAGCAGAAGUUCACCUGGGAAAUGGAUGUGGAAGGGCCUUUGUAAACUGUGAAGGGCUGCGCCCACAUGAGCGAAACACCAAGAUCACACAGCAGCGUGGCCCGAGAAUGGUCAGGCGGGAAGAGGUGAAGGAGACAGAGCCGCAGGCCUGGCCCAGCAGACGUGCCUUCGGGGCAGGCUCCGGAGUCAGCCCUACUCAGUGCCUGAAACCCCGCCUCUGCCCCACUUCUGUUGCCUAUUUGCCCCUAAAGUUGCACUUCUCAGACCCCGGUGUGAAAGGCAUCCAGACGCCUCUUCUCUGGCUGUAGGGGUCUCGGGUGCUGGGACGGCCCCCAGCCACACAGCGCUCGGCCCUGGAGUGAGUCUUUGCAACAGAACAGGCCUGGCCCUCUCUGGUGUUGAGUCUAGCCCGCACCCCACGGCGGACCACACUCUAUGGCACCCGCCCCACCUUUGUAAGGGGGUUUGGGCAGUUUUUAAUAAAGGUGGCGUGCACGAA